CGGGCUCGGGUCGGCUUCCUGCAGGCGGCGCCGGGGCGAGCCGAGCGCUACAGUCACCGGCCUAGGGACACGGGGCCCCGGGCGCUCGGGGGGCCGCGUCCGAGGCUCAGGGCGCGCUGCGCAGCCGUCGGUCGCCCCUGCCCGCGCUCUCGUGUCGCCGCGAUAGCCGCGGCCGCCGCCGGUUACGCCAGCCCCGCCGCCGCCCGCUCCGAUUCUGCGCACAGGCGGCCCCCAAGCCUGUCAUUCUGCAAAAACACAGUUUACUCAACACGCCGCACACACUCGCGCGCACACACACUCACACACACUCACACACAGACACGCGCGCGCGCACGCAAACACACACCACACACACUUAUACACACGCACGCACACACGCGCUCACGCGCGCGCGCAACCUGGGCCCCCCGCGCGCACACGUACGGGAGCGCGCGAACGAGCAAGACGCGCACACCCGGCGAGCCAAGUUCCGCAGCCUGGCAUGGCUUCUGGGGACCUUUACGAGGUUGAAAGGAUUGUGGACAAGAGGAAGAACAAGAAGGGGAAAUGGGAAUAUCUCAUCCGAUGGAAAGGCUACGGCAGCACGGAGGACACGUGGGAGCCGGAGCAUCACCUCCUGCACUGUGAGGAGUUUAUUGACGAGUUCAACGGGCUUCACUUGUCCAAGGAUAAGAGGGGGAAGUCAGGGAAGCAGGCUGGGGCCUCCAAGCUCCUCCGUGACGCCCGCAGCCUGCCAGUUGAAAGGCUCUCCCAUCGGCCUGUGGAACCCGGGAAGAGCAAAUCAGCUUCCCACAAGCGGAAGCGCGUCAACUCUCCCCUGUCCAGGCCCAAGAAGGGCUCUUCAGGAAAGGCUCCAGACAGGGCCACCAAGACUGUGUCCUAUAGGACUACUCCCAGUGGCUUGCAAAUCAUGCCCCUGAAGAAGGCUCAGAACGGCUUGGAGAACGGGGAUGCUGGCUCCGAGAAGGAUGAGUCACACUUUGGCAACGGUUCCCAUCAGCCGGAUCUGGAGCUGACCGACCAGCUCGGAGAGCAGGAGGCCAGUGAUUGCGAUGGGACCCACUCCGCGCUGGUGGAGAACGGAGUUGGCUCUGCUCUGACCAACGGAAGCCUGAACCUGCACAGCCCUGUGAAGAGGAAACUGGAGACGGAGAAGGACUAUGUCUUUGACAAAAGGCUCAGGUACAGCGUCCGCCAGAAUGAAAGCAACUGUCGGUUUCGUGACAUCGUGGUGCGGAAGGAAGAGGGCUUCACACACAUUCUGCUGUCCAGCCAGACUUCGGAUAACAAUGCGCUGACUCCUGAGAUCAUGAAGGAAGUCCGGCGAGCACUGUGUAAUGCUGCCACAGACGACAGCAAGCUACUUCUGCUCAGUGCCGUGGGCAGUGUGUUCUGCAGUGGCCUAGACUACUCCUACCUGAUCGGCCGGCUGUCCAGUGACCGGAGAAAGGAGAGCACGCGGAUCGCAGAAGCCAUCAGGGACUUCGUGAAAGCCUUUAUCCAGUUUAAGAAGCCCAUUGUGGUAGCCAUUAAUGGGCCAGCAUUGGGCUUGGGGGCCUCCAUUCUGCCCCUCUGUGACAUCGUAUGGGCCAGUGAGAAGGCUUGGUUUCAGACACCGUACGCUACUAUCCGACUCACUCCGGCCGGCUGUUCCUCCUACACCUUCCCCCAGAUCCUGGGUGUGGCGCUGGCCAAUGAAAUGCUGUUCUGUGGGCGGAAACUCACUGCCCAAGAGGCGUGCAGCCGGGGCCUUGUGUCACAGGUCUUCUGGCCCACAACAUUCAGCCAAGAGGUCAUGCUGCGGGUGAAGGAGAUGGCAUCUUGCAGUGCUGUGGUUUUGGAGGAGUCCAAAUGCCUGGUCCGAAGCUUCCUGAAGUCAGUGCUGGAGGACGUGAAUGAGAAGGAGUGUGUGAUGCUGAAGCAGCUCUGGAGCUCCUCCAAAGGCCUGGACUCCCUGUUCAGCUACCUGCAGGACAAAAUCUAUGAGGUCUGAAGGGGCCCAGCUCACCUGCCCCACCACUCAAGGGUCACUGACUUCUAGCCGGGCCCUGUGUGUGUUUCUGCCAUCGGAGCCCAGGGUCCGCCCUAGCCAAGCGUUUGUCAGGGUGUGUCUUCACACCUACGGUUGUAUCCAUUCCUCGUGCCCCCCGGUUGUUUCUCAUUGGUUUGAUUUUGUAUAAGGGUGGGAAAUGCAGCACCCUUGGCCUCCCUAUGCCCCCGUCCCAGCCAGCCAUAGAGCCUUCCAGGAAUCCACCUUCCCAGAGCUCUGCCAGGCACUGUCUAUUGACCUUUCCCCCACUAGCUGAAACGCUCCUACCGUGGUCCAGAAGAGGAAGACCAACCUUCCUCAUCCUCUCAACUCAGGCUGUGUCUACACAGUGCCUCCAACUUGGAGAUGAGGCCAUCACAGUUCUCUGGUUAUGUGAUCUGGGACCAGGGGACAAUCAUCUUAGGGAAUCCACAGACCAAGGAGCUGUGGGUGUGGUAAGCACUCGAUAGACUACAUAGGCCCGGCUUCCGUCUUCUCUCCAAUGCAACUCGGUAUGACUCUUAGGGCUUGGUCUUAAAACCCAACUGAGUGAUUUACAAACCCAGAUAUUGUACAUUUAGAAAUGUUUUGUUAAAUAUAUAUUUUUUAAAACAACGUAAGUGGAAAUUCUGAUAAUUUAUGUGUAUUAUAUGUAAAGCUAGUUUUGCAAAAAAAAAAACAUGACUUACUAGGAAAUUUUUUUCUUUAUUCGGGUUUAUUUUAUUUAUUUAUUUUUGUUUAUAUAUUAUGAAGUCUAUUGUUCACACAGAUCUUAUUUUCAUACCACCCUGGACCAAAUACUAUUCAAGGUGCACACCGUUUGAUGCAUUCUUGAGAUGAGCCACGUGGAAAGAGAGGAGAUAAGAAGGGAUUUAAAAAGGCACACGCCUGUGUCAGACCCUCUGUGUGUGGCUCAUGUGACAAAAUGCCAGUUCUCUAAUCUCCAAGGACAAGUCAUGGUGGCAUUUUCUCUUUCAGUCACUAUCAUUCAGGAGAAUGGAGGACCCUUGUCAGCCCUGUCCCUACAUGCGUGAUGUUAAAAGGGGAAAGGGAGCAGCCUGUCUUUGGGGGGGAGAUUUUUUUUUUUUUUUUUGCUCUGGGAUAAAUAAGUGAACUUGGAUUUCUAAGACCUUUCCUUCCAUAUGAAUGUCUACAUCUUGGUUGGCUUUCAGGGUGUGUUGAAGAAGAGAACUCAGUCUCAGGAGUUUCUUUAUGGUCCAAACCUGAACAAUAAAUCUUUAAUUUUUUUUUAAGCUGAGAGAAUACAAGGGAAGCCGUAUCCAGCAUGGAGGUCUCUUCACCUCACUGGCCCUAGCCUACUGGAAUGUCCAUAGUUGUCUUUAUGUCAUCCAAUUGAAGUCCCUGGAUCUGCACUCGGGGAGAGUUUAGGUGUGAAUUGGUGAAGAGACAGGAAAUAGAAGGGACUCAUUGUGAUUGGAACCCCAAACCUAUUUGAGGUCAUGUACUCACAGGGAAAAUUAGGCCACGGAGGGUGGAGGGUGCCAGGCUAGUUCUAGAUGGGAUACAACCUUGAGUACGGGUUUUUUUCUCUUCAAUCCCCUGAGUUUGCAUCAUUUUUAGCUCUUCCUUGGUGACAACGGGGUACAGCACAGGGUCAGCACAGCUUGUAGAGGGGAGGUAGGCUGCAAAAGUAGAGAUGGUUCUUUGCCGGCUCUUGAAUGGGAAUAGCUGCCCUGGCCACAAGUGGAAGGAAUGAUGCAGGCAGCUGGAUGUUUGCACGGGGGACUAGUGAAGUGACCCUCCACAAGGUGGCUCCCACAUGCACUUGGCCUUGUGGGCCUUAGAAUGACCUUGCUUUACUCUGUAGAAAUGCUUUGGAGCUCAGAAGGGUUCAGGAUGAGAAGAAUUUUACUUCUCUAUUUUCUGUGCCACCUUGGCCAUGAGAAAAUGGAAUCGAAGCAGCACAUGGUCCCCUGGAGUCGCUAUAGAACACUGUAGGAGCUGUGAACUGGGGUGUAGAGAGUUAAGGCAGAACACCUGAGCCUGUUGGUGUCCCUUCUCCAUUGAAUGAGCUCCAUAGACAUCCCCAAACCCUUAAGACAGCCCUUGUUCUUUCCAUGUCUGAGUAACUCUUUACUGUUGCUGCCUCCUCUACAGGAAGCCCCAGCCCCAUGCUUUCUGACUAGCUUCUGAUCAAGCCAGUUUUGCCCAUAGGGAAGCAAGUUGUCAGGAUUUUUUCUGGAAACAGAAGGGGAUAUUUAGAAAUUCCUGUUAUGAGAGUUCAUCUUUGACUCCUGUGGAUACAACCAGAAUAUACUUUCUCUUUUGGCUCAUUGGUGAGCACCAAACUUCUGAGUAUGUCAAGGACCCGGGAUGACUGAGGCGGACACUGACUAUUUAUUUCUAAGGUAGAAUUUACACUGCUUGUUUUUAAAGACCGUGUUCUGUCUGUUUUAAAGGGGUAGCUCAGCCACACGGGCACAAGUCAUUUAGUCAACCUGCUGGACUGGCCCAACCACGGGAGUUGGUGUUUUCAGGUUGGCUGGUUGGGUAGUGUGCAGUUGAAAUCCAGAUGACCCACCCAGCUAUUGAGCUGGAAUGGAAAAUACCCGUUCAGUGGUUGUGCCCAGGUUACCCUAAAAGCUUUGUUGAGGUAGAGUGCUGGCUCCCAUCUUUUGUUUUAUACCCCGGUGUCCUCUCUCCACCCAUGGGGUCUUCUGCCUGUCCCGCUACCUUCCUUGUUCCUUUCCACACCACUCUUCCCUAGGGCCUGAGUAAGUCUCUGAGGAAUUGUAGAUGGCCUUUGCAAACCUGGCUUGUGUGUUCCUUUUGCAUUUGGAAGGGCAGCUAUAGAUGAGAGGUAGAGGCUUCCUCUUCUGAGUCAAGGUUCCCUCUAGCAAGCCAUUUGGGACCCUUCUCUGUUUACCACAAUCUUGGUGAUGGCAACUCCCAGCAACCCCCAUAUGACACAGCUGGAGUUUACUGGUCCGAUCCCAGGCGACUUUUGAAGAGUUAUGGUUAAGAUGGCCAGACCACCUCGGCACUGGGAAGCCAUCCCCUAACGUAGGUAUUCUUUUCAGGUGACCCUUUACUGGGCAGAAGUAAAGUCCAAGGGAAACACAUAUACUAAGAAAGCGGGGACUCCCCGUGGGAAAUAGGGAAAUGAUGUAAAAUCUUAUUCUGUGGCAUAAAUCAAACUGGGAAAUGUCCUCUCAGAAGCAGGAAAUGGUGAUUUCCCUGAGUGAAGUCCAACCUGAGGAUGGGAAAAUAAUGACAGGAGACGUUGGACGAGGCAAUUAUAUCUCCAAAUCUCUUUUACAAAUAGCCUUGACUGAACACUGAGUCGUAUCCCUCACUACUAACUGCUGGUUUCAAAAUCCUCUUAGAAGUUUUGUACAAAAAAAUAAAAAAUUGUCUUUCAGUUUGGAAUUUAGUCUAUCCCCACACUUUUUAAAUCUAAUUCUGGUAGAAGUUUUUUCUUUCUUUUUUUUUUUUUAAAUAAAAAAUAGAGACAUCCACAAAUCUUCCUAUGAGGAUGUUUAGAAGGAAGGCUUGCUUCUCUCCUGUGUUUCUGUAUUAAGAUACUUAGAUCUGUUGUAUAUAUGAGUCACACUAAUAUACACAGUAUUUAAGACUCUAAACGAGAUUUCUUAAGUAUUUUAUUUUAUUCUCUGUAAAUGGUUUUGUAAAAUCUUGGAAAUUUACACUUUGGUUUUGUAGAUAUAUCUUUGGGGCGGGGUUGUCUUGCAUGUGUGUUUUUUGUUAUAGCUAAGUGUCUCAUCAUCCUUUCUGCAGGUUUUGGUUGAAAUGCUUAUAGACUUUAAUAUAGUAAAUAUAUUUUCAGAAUACAAGCUUUUAUAUUUCUGUGGUAAAUUAGGACAUGCGUUUUAGGCAAUCUUUUCCAUUAAUAUCACUUCUUCCUUCAGGGGGGAAAGAUAUAUCUCAUGUUGGUUUGGUGCCAAUGUUUUGGAUUUUUUGGUUUUUAAUUUUUUAUUUAAAAUAAGAUAGUCUUACAUUAUUAAGAAAUCAAGUCAUUCUUUUUCUCUAGAAGUCAUUGCGUUUGAAAUCUAAUUUGAAAAUGUAUUGAAUUUGUGAAUAAGCCUUACCAUUAGGUUCAAUAAUCCUUCUGACUUUCAAAACUACACAUGUAGUUCAAGAUCUCCCCAUCCCCCCCCCCCAUAAAUUCUCACUGUGUGGCAGUUGAUGGAGUUCGGAAAAGAGCCUUAAGCUUGUUGCAAAAUGAUACUAAUACUAAUAAUUGAUUAAUUAAAAGGGUAAUACGGGUUGUUGCCUCCAUAUAAGCCAUGUUGGUGGGCUCAGUGCAGUCUGUAAGUCGCUCAUGGCUAAUCUGAAGAGACGGUGGGAGGAGCUGAUGGCGGCAGGGACCAGGUGGACUCCUCAGCGAAUGUCUUUGGCCAUAAGACUGGACCAAGGGCAAGUUUUCUUGAGCUACUUUCAUUCUAGUAGCAUGGUUGAAGGAUGGUGACAGGGAGAGCUCAUCAUUUGUUCUAAACAAAUGACAUUCCCUGCUCCUGACCCUGCUGGGGACCCCAGGGUAGCUAAAGUCCAUGCUCUCUGAGAGAUGUUAACAAAGUUUACAUACAAGUCUUGCUGUGUAGACAAUCUGGAGUCAGUUUCUGUUCCAUCAUCAUCAUCAUCAUCAUCGCCAUGCGUCCUUGGUGUUUCUGUGAGGAAGUGUGUGUCAGGCCACCCUGGAGUGGGGUGUAGCUGGAUGGAGGAGCCGGAGCUGCAGAGAGGAAGCACCAGGUGAUCAGGUUAGUCCAGGGCUGUUUCGAUGGCACAGAAAUCACAGAAGUAGAGUUAAGUCUCAAAACUCAAGUUAUAAUGUCUUUUGUAGGUGGUACUCUAGCCAUCACCAGCUGAUUCUCCUUACCAACCCUUGAAAUAGGAUCUUGUGCUUAGGGCUAAAUGGCUUAGCAUGCAGUCCAUCUCUAGGAAGUGUUCAAAGUCACUUUCUCAGCCUUUGGGAUUAAGAUUGGCAUGUGUCAGUCAGAAGACCUGAUGUCUGGAGUUAAGUUUCAGCCUUACAUCUCUGGGUUCGCCUCACCUCUUUACCCCAACAUCUAGCGUGAUGCGGGAGCUUGCUGACUCUGGGAUGUUCCGAGGGUGUAGAGUUCUCCAUCUACUCUUUAAUUUACCAUUGUGCCAUUAAUCCCAGCUUGAAGUUAUUUUCUAAUGUCUAUGUUAACAAGAUUGUGGAAAUAAAUUGCCUUUCAUAAAACCAAGGACCAAAGAUUCCAUUAUUCGAACCAAGCAUGAGUUUUGUAAGCUGUAGGCACAUCUGGGUCCAGAUGUGUGAGCUUCACGGCACAGAGGAACCCUUGGUGCCUCCCAACCCCAUACUCAUGCUUCCUGACUGGCCACGCAAAGAAGUUGAAUAUCUCUUGAAAAGACUCUGAAGGAUGAGUUUCUAAGAUGGGAACUUAGUAUCUCAGGUGGGUGUUUCUGCUGUAUAGCCUUAAGUUUUCAUUUAUCCCAUUAUAAAGUGGAGGUCAGGGAUCCCUCUGGGUAUCUAACCACAGUCAACUCUUCCAUUUGCACGUGGGCCUCCUGCUGAAAUUUUGCAGCUAGGUCUUCAGUGUUGCAUCCUGUGACUGCCAGAUGUCCAUCUCUUUAGUUCCUCAUCAAACCAUCCCACUUCCUGCUUGGUAGAGCAAGAAUGUUCCCCAGUGCCCCCACCAGGGGUUACCCCAUUUUCAUCCCCUCACGAUGAUGUCAUUGGCCUCUUAACUAAUCCAGAAGACUGAUGUUAAAGAAGUGGUAUUCUACUGGUAAGGCUUAUUACCAAACUUCUGAUACUGAAGCAGGCUACCAAAAACAUACCCAGCUCACCCUGGGAGUGUCUGGGUUGCAUCACGGACGUAGCAAACACACCAAAAUCCACGGAUACCUUUGCAGGUUAGGUUGCUCAUUUUCUUUUUGCCAGAUUUUCACGGGAAGGUCUUUAGUUCUGGGUCCUUGUAAGUACGAGUCCUUCAUAGCGUUGUACGCAGGUAUAGCUGGUCCAUUCUCCAUGCUGUAAAUAUUUUCCCCAAACUGGGUGCAGUACUGAGGGUAAUAAUCUUCUGAUUUAUCAAAUGCUGACUGUCUGGAGCAAAUCGUCCGCUCUUUGUGAAUGGUCCUGUAACGUAUAUGAACAUAUUUCUGGGUGCCUUAGAAGUUGUAUUUUUCAUGUGUGCUAAUAUGCAGUAUUUAUACAUUGUGAGAAGCUGCUUUGAAUAAAAAGAUUAAAACUU